GACGUGUGAGCAGGGUGCCCGCCUUAUACAGACAGACCUAGCUUAUCGUCGUAAAGGGAACCUGCAACUACGCCGGGCAGACUCGGAGAAAACAUUCGCCGCCCUCCCGCCCGCCGCGCGAAAGGUCCAUUCCAAUAAAUCUCUCGCCGUCGCGUCGCACAUAUCGCCGGCCGCGCGACGACGACCGGGGGCGCCGCCGCGGUUCUGAGCGUCGUCCGCGCGCGAGAUGACGGGCACGGCGACGACCCCGCCCGCGGUCGCGUCCGGGAAGAAGACCCGAGGCCCGAAGCCGAAGCCGCGGCAGCUCGGGCAGUGCUCGCAUCUGAAAACUUUCCUCGCGCACGGCGGCACGAGGGUGUUCGCGCCGCUCGCGCGGUGCUGCCUCGCCGCGAAGUUCCCAGGGCAGAUGCCGAAGACGAGGAUGGACGCGACGAUGGCGUGCCUCGGCUGCGCGAAGCUCUGCACGCGCGCGCAAGCCCCCGCGCACAUGAAAUCCCAACCCCCGCCGCCCGCGGGGUCCACGAACACCGUCAACGCGCACUGCGUGUACGCCGACGUCGAGCGCGCCGAGUUGUUUUGCGCCGCGUGCUCCACCUACGUGUACGCGUUGGAGUUCGACAAGACCGUGAACGGCGUCGCCGCGGUCGCGACCGGCGUGGGCGCGACGACGGGCGGCGCCGAGAAGAGAGCCGCCGGCGACGGCGACGGCGACGCGAUCGCGGGCGAGGAAGGCGGGAGCAAUAAGAAACGGAAGAAGACGACGCCGCGGACGCAGCUCGCGAAGAUGGACGUGCACGCGGCGGGGGGCGCGCCGCUCGCGUCCGUGAACGCGCACGGCGUCCCGAGAGGGCUCAGAGGGUUCGCGAACUUAGGGAACACGUGCUUCUUGAGCACGGUCAUGCAGGCGGUCGUGCGAGCGCCGAACGUCGGCGGGUUUUUCCUGAGGGACGGGCACAACCGACACGCGUGCGGGAGAGAACGCGCCGAGCGAUGGACUGCCGCAGCGAGCGCGGAGGACGAGCACUGCCUCGCGUGCGAGCUCGACGGCCUCGUCGGCGAGGCGUACAGCGGCAGCGGCGAGCCGAUCGUCCCGAGCGCGUUUUUGCACUCGUGCGAGGGCGCGGCGGCGAAGGCGGAGACCGGCGCCGGCGCCGGCGCCGGGGGCUCGGGCGAGAUCUCCGCGGCGCCGCCGAAAUCGCCCGACGAGAACGGCGGCGCGAAUCCGCAGGCGCCGCCCGCGAGGUCGGAAUACUGCGAGUGCGUCUUGCAUCGCGCGUUCGCGGGGUCGCUGCGAUCGGACGUGACGUGCAAGCGGUGCGGGCACACGUCCACGGUGAACGACCCGACCGUGGGCCUGUCGCUGGACGUCCCGGUGCCUCUCGGCGCGGACGGGCGACGCGGCGGGAAAGGCCGCGGCGGCGGCAGCGGCGGCGGGCCCGGGAUAACCCUGGAAGGGUGCUUAAGACAGUUCGCGCGGCCGGAGACGCUCUCGAUCGACGGCGACGUGUUUCCGUGCGCGCGCUGCGGCGACACCGCGACGCCGAAGAUGAAGCAGAUGGCGAUCCGACGCCUGCCGCCGACGCUCGCGUUGCACUUGAAACGCUUCGAGCACGGCGGCGCGAAGAAACAAAACGCGCACGGCGACGGCGGCGGUUCGAAGAUCGAAUCGCACGUCUCGUUCCCGUUCGUCUUGCCCAUGCGCGCCUACUGCGCGUCGACCGCGAUCCGGGAGCGGUACGGGAACAGGCUGACGCCGAUGAGCGACGGCGGCGGCGCGGACGACCCAAAAAAUUACGACCUCUUCGCCGUCGUCGUGCACUCGGGGCAGGGCAGCGACAGCGGGCAUUACAUCGCGUACGUGCAGUGGCAGGGCGCGUGGUUCCGGUGCGACGAUCAUCAGGUCACGCGCGCGGACCCGAUCACGGUCGCGACCGCGCAGGCGUACUUGUUGUUUUACCAAGCCCGGCCGCCGCCGCCGCCGUAG